AAUGAUCAGCGUCCUGUCCCUGAUCCCACGGUCUUUCUGGGUCUAAGAUGUUCCGGUUUUUCUCACGAUGUUUUUUUUACCGUUUACCUUUUAUGUGAGAGUUAGUUAAAUGUGCCAGGGUUCGAAUCUACGACCUCAGCGUUGAAAGUCCCACGUUGAGGACAACACUGCUCAUAAAUAUCAAAAAACAAACUCAAGUUUGAUAUUUUGUAUUUGUUAAGAAAGAAGAGAAACAUUUGUUCAUGAGAAAGAAGGAUCGCUUAUAUCGUACUUUCGUUGGUAAAUUUGUCCUUAGAUGUUGUGGCAACUAACAGUUGCUGCCUUAGUGGUAUCUGUGUGUGGCCAUGCCAGGGUCUGGUCACCACCAGGAAGGGCAACGGCUUGGCGGCUGGGUUUUAAAACACCACCUGAUUAUGAUGAUACAGGCCUUAAUUGCGGCGGUUUUAACCGACAACAUGAUAAGAACAAGGGAAGAUGCGGUAUCUGUGGUGACGCAUACGACCUACCCUCACCGCGACCACACGAACUCGGCGGGAAAUAUGGACAAGGCACCAUCGUUGCUAACUUCACAUCAAAACAGAUAAUCAAUGUCAGCAUCGAAAUGACUGCUUUUCACCAGGGUUAUUGGUACCUUAAUCUGUGCCCGGACGCCGAAAGCCAAGAGUGCUUUGACAAAUACCCGCUUGAGUUAAAAAAUGGCGGGUUUUACUUCUUUCCACACCGGGAUGGAAAUUAUACGGUGCAGUAUCGUUUGCCUAAAAUAUCUUGCGAACAUUGUGUCCUACAGUGGCGAUAUGUAGCUGGAAAUAAUUGGGGGCAUUGCAGCGAUGGGACAGAGGGUAUGGGGUGUGGAACACAAGAGACGUUUGGGUCGUGUUCGGAUAUUAGAAUUAUGGCAGAUCAACAGAAAAGGUUUAAAUUUCCUAGAAAAACCCUUGGUGUGUUUACUUCCAAACCGCAUCACUACAACUAAUCAUAUUUUUAUAAGGACUGCCCGCCCCUAUACUAGUCUAGCGUACCAUGUAUCUUUAUUUUCGUUCUGUGCAUAAAUACAAAAAAAAACCACCCAUCUUUUGACAAGUUUGUUGUGACAGAUAAGUGCUUAUAUAUUAUAUAAAUUUCCAUAACUAGCGAGCUCAAAGAAGUUGGUGAAGAAGAUUU